AUGUCGGCCUUAGACAACCAGUCUGGUCUCGCGGCCAAGGAGCCGCAAUCGAGUCAUUUUGAAGAUGAGAGAAAGAUCACUUCCGACGCCCACUUUCAAGAAGACAAUGUCACCAAAGUGACACACGCCGACGGCGCCGUCGACUAUAUCGAUAUAAAGGCCGUUGGCGGCGAUUAUGCCAUGAUGCAGCGAGGAUACUUCCGCAGCCCACAGUUUCUCGGCACCCUGACGGCUCAAUGUCUCGCGAGCAUUUGCGCUUAUGUGAGCUGGGUGCUGCCCUCAAACACACUGAGCCUCAUAAAUGCAGAACUUGGCCCCUCCCCUAACAUCACCUGGGUAGCCACCAUGUUUUUGAUCGGCUGCUCGAUCGGCUUCCUCCUCGUCGGUCGGCUCUCUGACCUCUAUGGCCGCAAGUGGAUGGUUCUCGGAACCUCGGUCCUCGGACUGGUUGGCUGUGUCAUUGGCUCAUGUGCCCAGAACGUCGAGACGCUCAUCGUGGCAAACCUCUGCAACGGCAUUGCAUCUGCCGGCCAGUUGUCGUUUAAUGUUGUCAUGGGAGAGCUCGUGCCCAACAAGUGGAGGGGCCCAGUCAAUUCCAUCAUCCUCCUUUCUUCUCUUCCCUUUGCCGUCUUUGGGCCCGUCAUUGCUCGGUCCCUAUUCAACAACACGGUCUCGAAGUGGCGAUGGAGUUACUACAUGGGAGAUAUUCUGGGUGUCAUCACCUUAGUGCUGUACUGGUUCUUUUACAGCCCCCCGUCUUACGACCAGCUCCACGUCCAUGGGAAAACAAGAUGGCAAAUGACCAAAGACUUGGACUUUGUUGGAAUAUUGCUGUAUGUUGCCGGCUGUGUGCUUUUUCUGGUUGGCCUUUCGUGGGGAGGGUCCAUGUAUCCGUGGGUGAGCGCGGAAGUUCUCUGCACCCUGCUCAUCGGCGUCGCAACUUUGGCCGCGUUUGCUGUCUACGAGGGAUUCUUCUGCAAAGUACAACCCCUGAUGCCCCCGAGAAUGUUCAGAAACGUCGGGUUCGUGGCCAUCGUCGCUGUCGCAACCAUCGGGGCCAUGGUCUACUUCUCGCUCACCGUCCUCUGGCCGACCAUCAUCGGCACCCUCUACACGACCGACGUAAUGCAAAUUGGCUGGCAGAGUUCUGUGGUUGGUGGUGGCGUACUCCUCGGCCAGACGAUCGCGGGUUUCAGCAUCUCAUACGUGCCCAAAGUAAAGCUGCAGUGCAUCGUCGCGUCAGCACUGACCCUCGCCUUCUCGACGUCCCUGACGAUCAUCUCUCCGGAUCGGUGGGCUGCAACCAUAGCCCUGGGAAUACUGCUUCUCAUCUCCGUCGGCUUCAUCGAGAAUAUCUCCCUCCCCGGCGUCACGCUCGUUUGGGAGGCACAAGACAUUGGCCUCGCAACAGGAGUCCUGGGCUCCAUACGCAGUCUCGGCGGCGCCGUCGCGACGGCCCUGUACAGCUCUGUCCUGGCGAACGAGCUGGACAAGAACCUGCCCAAGUACGUCGUGCCGGCUGCCACGGACGCCGGUCUUCCAGAGUCUUCGAUGGGAUCCCUCUUCGCCGCCAUCACCGCCGGCGAUCUCUCCGAGGUCCCAGGCAUCAAGCCUGAGAUCAUUGCUGCAGUGGGCAGCGCGCUCAAGACGGCGUACACGAACUCGUUCAGGAUUGUGUUUUACACGACCAUCCCGUUUUCUGUCAUUUUGCUGCUGAGCGCGUUCCUGGUGCCGGAUAUGGAAAUGUUCCUCAGCCACAAUGUCGCGAAGAAGCUUCAGGACACAAGCUUAGAGACAGUCUCUGAAGAGAAGAGGGAGACGACGCAGCAGGUGUGA